GUCUGAUACCUAUGAUGGAUCCAAGCACCCCUGAAUACGUAUCCCAUCUUAUGAAAGUCUUUCAAGAUUUUCAACAAUUUGUGGUGUCUUCAUACAUAUUUUCCGCAGUCUCCUCCAUCAUCAACCUUUUAUCUGUUCUAGUCAUCGUCCAUGCUUCAGCUCUUACUCAUAAAGAAGAGAAUGUGAAGAUCAAAGACUUCCCUGCUCUGACCCUUAAAUCUUGGAAGGGACCUCUUGUGACCAGUUUCUACAUUGUUCUCUUCAGUCUUGGCUAUUGGUUUGUCUUCGUCAUAGUUCUUUUCCCUCUUCUUUUGUUAUCUACAAAACUCGAUUACUUGGCAGCCAAGUCUGGGGCUUUGUUUGUUCUGUUCUCAGUGUUUGAGUCCUAUUUAGCCAUCGUUUGGUAUCUAUCCCUGGUCAUAUCGAUCCUCGAGGAAACUUAUGGGAUCCAAGCUUUGGGGAAAGCUGCAAAGAUCGUUAAAGGGAUGAAACCGAAACUAUUCCUCUUGAAUCUUUUCUUCGGUUUAGUGUCCUUCGGUUUAGUUCAGAUAGUGAGGCGGGUAGAUUUGAACAGUUCAUUUCCAGUUAUCUUAACCAUCGGUUUGGUUCUUGUGAGUUCUAUCGCUGCAGUGAGGAUGUUUCAGCUUGUGAGUUAUACCAUUACCUAUUUCCAAUGUAAGGGACUCCAAGGCAAAGACAUUGAGUCGCUGAGGGAUAUUGAAUAUAUGAAACUAUCCUCCACUACGCUCAUAGGAGCAUUGCCUUGAAGUAUUCGAAGAGAUAUGGUAUAGUCUCAUGAAUAUAUUGUUUGUUUGUAAUGGGAAUUGGUUACGUUGUAUGUAUAUUAUCAAUAAUCAAAGGUCUGGUUAAAUAUCUA